UUCUAAGUGAACCUUGCACUACUGCUCCUAAGUAGAGAGAGGUAGCUUUCUCUAUAAGAUCUUACCUAGAAUUCUAACUAUAGUUAGUUCUUUUGUCAUAUCAAAGGGAAACCGAGAGAGCUAGCCUCAGUGAAUCAUCAUGGACAAGUUGAAUGGGCUGAGCCACCUCUUCAUGACUAUGUUUCUUCAUAACUUCGCCGUGUUCAUGGUGGUACCAGCCAUCACCGAUGUCACAAUGACUGCUCUUUGUCCCGGACAAGAUGAGUGCUCACUUGCCAUCUACCUCACUGGUUUUCAACAAGCGAUGAUAGGAGUGGGCACGCUUGUGAUGAUGCCACUUUUGGGUAAUCUCUCCGAUAAGUAUGGUAGGAAGGCCAUUCUCACAGUCCCUAUGACUCUCACAAUCAUUCCCAUAGGCAUAUUAGCUUACAGCAGGACGAAAAAAUUCUUCUACGUGUAUUACGUGUUUAAGAUUCUCAUUUCAAUGGUUUGCGAAGGAAGCGUUCCUUGCCUCGCUCUAGCUUACGUGGCAGAUAACAUUCCAGAAAGUGGACGAAGCACUGCAUUUGGAAUUCUUUCAGGGAUAGGGUCCGCUGCAUUUGUGUGUGGCACCUUAUCAGCUCGAUUCUUAUCUACUGCCCUAACUUUUCAGGUUUCCACUCUUAUUGCGGUGAUUGGAGCAGUGUACAUGAAAUUUUUCCUUCAAGAUUCAAUCAUUGAUGAUAAACAUCUUUAUACCCCAAUUAUUUCACAAGGAAAGCCCACGAUUUCUAAGGUCAACGGAAAACUGGAAAGUAACAAACAUGUUUUUAAAGCAUUGCAUUUUUUGAAAGACCUAACCUCCAUCCUCAAUAGUAGCUUGACUAUUACUCAAGCAGCAAUUGUUGCAUUCUUCAGUAACCUUGCAGAUGUUGGCCUUCAUGGUUCAAUGAUGUAUUUCUUAAAGGCUCGAUUUCACUUUGAUAAGAAUCAAUUUGCCGACUUAAUGGUCAUUUCCGGAAUUGCAGGGACCGUGUCACAGCUUCUACUUAUGCCCAUUUUGGCUCCUAUUUUGGGUGAGGCAAGACUACUCUCAAUUGGACUAUUUUUUCAUUGUAUACAUAUGUUCCUUUACAGCAUAGCAUGGUCCUCGUUGGUUCCUUAUGCUUCAGCCAUGUUCUCAAUUUUGUUUGUUUUCUCACAGCCUUGUAUACGGAGUAUUGUUUCUAAACAAGUUGGGCCCCAUGAACAGGGAAAGGCUCAAGGUUGCAUCUCAGGCAUAUGUUCAGUUGCACAUAUUGUUUCUCCCUUGGUUUUCUCUCCAUUAACUGCCCUCUUCCUCUCUGAAAAGGCACCUUUUGAUUUUCCUGGAUUUAGUAUAAUGUGCAUUGGCUUUGCUUCGAUGAUAUCUUUCGUUCAGAGUAUGAUGCUUAGAGUGGUUCCUCCCAUUUCGAGUUAGACGAAGAGAAAUUGACUAGAGCCCUUAAUUUUAAAGGCAGUUAAUAUUCAUUAAGUGUGAAACCAAACUCCAUUUAUGUAUAAGAUACCGUUACUUAGGAACAAUAUAUGAUUAUAUUUACUGAAUUCUUGAGUAGUUGUAAUCAUAUAUGAUGUCUUAUAUGUAAAAUGUACAAAUGAAAUGU